GGGCGUACCGUUCUCCCCCAGUCCUCGCCGCGCGCCCACCAACCGCUCGCCCGUUCGCACGCUGCACGCGAGUCACGGGGAUUUCUGCGGGAAUUCGCCACGCCACCGGGCCAUGGACGACGUUCUCGAGAGCUGGGAGCAGAUAGAGGAGUCCGGCGCGCUCGACAAAAGACUGGAGGCCUUACGGUUGAACACAGAGGACGAGAUAGAAUCUACCAGAACCAGCCACGACGCAAACACAAGGAUGAUCAUAUUAGGGGAGGAUGGCCUUCGAUCUCAGUAUGUACCUCCAAAGCCUAUGGUGAAGAUAUUGAAGCGACCCACCGCAGACUCGCGGGGCAGCGGCGACGGCCCACUGAAUGACGACAAACCUAAGCAACCUAUCAAAUCACUAAAACAGCGAGAGCAAGAAUACGCGGAGGCGCGCAGGCGGAUCCUAGGGGAGGAGAAGAGCCCAGAGGAGAAGACGGCGCAGGAGAUCAACAGAAUUCAGGCGAAGUCGAGCACGCCGAACGGCAACAAUAUUCCCAGCAACGUCGUGCGCAUGCCCGCCGGCCCGGACGGUACCCGGGGCUUCAACGUACGCAGGUAGCGCGUCUUCCGAACGACUCUUUCCACCCAUCUUCUUCCUCUCCUUCCUACUCGCUGCCACGGGGAAGGAGAACGGCUAUGAGGCCGACGAUGAACACGUGAAUAGCUUCGCGCUCGCCCGAACCAAGAGCGAAACUUGAGAUAUUCUCGGAGCGCUGCGUCCUGCGAAAAUUGCCAUGCGUAGACUCAGCCCAGCAACAAGGAUCGAGAACCGAACUUAGACAUGCGAUCCGAGCGGAAACGAAAUGCCAAUGUCAUGCCGCAUUCUGUAGGUGCUCUCUUACGUGACAGAAAAAGAGGAAAAACAACGGAGAAAUAAUUAUAUUUAUGUUUAUAUGGGGUGUUAGGUACACAGAGUGAUUACAAACAGCGUCCAGUAAUUGUGUAGCGUUAUUUCUUAUAAAAGAAACUUAAUCGAAAGGUUCCGAACCAUUUUCUUUCUAUAUAUUUAGCUCUAUCUCUCGUCGAAAUUUUCUCUAGGGAGAUGCUUCCGACGAAAGGAAUAUGAUUGUUAAUGUAACUUCGCACUGCCGCUAGCGUGCAAUAUUCUUACAUGUAAUAAUGCGAAAAAUUUUGUAUUAAAAAUCACGUUUCUUUCAUCAGAAACACCUCCCUAGAAAAAAAUUUCAGAAUAGAAAUGGAGCUAUUUGUAGAAAAACUUAGAAAAAUAGUUUCUGGACUUUCCGACUGAGUUUUGUAUGAGAAAUAACGUUAUAUAAUUAGUGGACGCUUUUCGAAAUACACUCUGCAUAUACAUUACAUAUAGAUAUGCUCGUAAAUAUAAUUAUUUGUUUUCUGCAUAAAAUAUGUAAAGCGGAAUUGCGAUUUAAAUAAUGCAAUAGGACGAAGGCGUGGAUUUGUUACGAAGAAAGAUACGAGAAUUGCUUCAGUUUGUAUACUUGUAUAAUAACUGAAAAUAUCUAAUGGAUUGUGUAAUAAGUAUCUUUGUACUGUGUAAUAAAAUAAUUUCCUGUAUAUAUACACGUAUGUUAUACACAUGUACAAGCGACAACUGUAUGCGAUAUGUGAAACGUUUUGUUAUUAAAUGAAAGAUACUUUUAAACAUAAA